CACGCCCAUGCGGGGCCGGAGAGGUCCUCCGCCGGCCAUGGGAACUGAACGCGUCCUAGGACCACGCUUCUGCGACUGGGCCCGGUGGGAACAGUGUUCCUUCGCCCCAUCCACCCCAUAAGCGCCGGCAUCUGGGGCUGCGGGUCGGCAUGCAACGCGGGGCUGCCGACCCAGAAGCCCCGUCAGGCGCUGAGGCUGGACUUCGUGGGACUCUGAGUCCCGGCGUGCAACGCGCCCCUCUGUAUCACGAAUCCCCGUAAGGCGCCGUGAAUCCCGGCGUGCAACGAGGGUCUCUGUCCUGCAGCCCCCGUCACCGGCUGAGGUCCGGCGUCAUGAGAACUACAAGUCCCGGCAUGCAACACUCUGUUCCCACAGCCCUCUAUGCGCUGAGGGCUGGCUGGUGUCUUAGGACUGCGAGGCCAGAGUCCCAGAAACCCCAGCAGGCGCUUUUGGUCCCGGCAUGCAACAGGGGCUGACGUCCCACAACUCCUCCCAUCACGUGCUGAGGCCGGUCGUCCGUCGUGGGACUACGAGGCCCAGCGUGCAGCGCGCCGCUGUCCCAUGAAUCCCAGUCAGGCGUUUGGAAUCCCGACGUGCCUCGCGGGAGUCGUGGACUGCGGUCCCAGCAUGCUGUGCGCAGUCUGGGGUUGGAGCUUGGUGGGCUCUGGGUUCCACUCGUCCCCCUGGGGUGCGUGUUUUGGCGUCUUGUCGGGGUCUGUCCCUUCCCGCACUGUCGGAGCCGCCUCGCCGUCGUGCCCGCCUGGGGAGGCCAGGUGCACUGUGCGCAGGGACCGGGAGCCACUGUGGAGACAAGCCGAGCCCGUCCGGGAGGAGUGGGAGUGGUCGUCGGCGGGGGCCUUCAAGGUCUUUCUUGAUAGGAUUUCUGAAGAGCUGCACUUCCUCUGGUGGGGUUUGAACAUAAGUACCUGUCCCAACGGCAGAGCCCCCAGAUACUGCGUUUUUUACGAAUUGAAGGUCUGUGGCAACCCUGCAUGGAGCAAGUCUGUCGGCACCAAUUUUUGCAGCAGCCUUUGCUCACUUCCUGUCUGAGUGUCACACUGUGGUAAUUCUCGCAAACCUUUCCGUCGUUACUGGUUACGCUGAUCUGUGAUUGAUGGCCUUUGGUGUUGCUGUUGUAGUGUUGGGGCGCUGACAGCCGCGCCCAGGUAAGGCAGGGAACUUAACUGAUAAAUGUUGUGUGCGUUCUGAUUGCUCCACCGACGUGCGUUCCGUGUCUCAGUACCUCUCCUCGGGCCUCCCUAUCCCCUAAGACGCAACAAUAUUGAAAAUAGGCAAAUUAUUAACCCUACGAUGGCCUCUACGUGUUCAAGUGAAAGGAAGAGUCGCACGUCUCUCACUUUAAAUCAAAAGUUAGAAAUGAUUAAGCUUAGUGAGGAGGGCCUGUCGAAAGCUGAGAUAGGCCGAAAGCUAGGCCUCUUGCGCCAAACAGUUAGCCAAGUUGUGAACGCAAAGGACAAGUUCCUGAAGGAAGUUAGCAGUGCUACUCCAGUGAACACACGAAUGAUCAGGAAGCGAAACAGCCUCAUUGCUGAUAUGGAGAAAGUCUUAGUGGUCUGGAUAGAAGAUCAGACCAGCCACAGCAUCCCCUUAAGCCAAAGCCUAAUCCGGAGCAAAGCCCUAACGCUCUUCAACUCUAUGAAGGCUGAGAGAGGUGCGGAAGCUGCAGAAGAGAAGUUUGAAGCUAGCAGGGGUUGGUUCAUGAGGUUUAAGGAAAGAAGCCAUCUCCAUAACGUAAAAGUGCAAGGUGAAGCAGCAGGUGCUGAUGUAGAAGCUGCAGCAGGUUAUCCAGAUCUAGCUAAGAUAAUUAAGGAAGGCGGCUACACUACACAACAGAUUUUCAAUGUUGAUGAAACAGCCUUGUAUUGGAAGAAGAUGCCAUCUAGGACUUUCAUAGCUAGAGAGGAGAAGUCAAUGCUUGGUUUCAAAGCUUCAAAGGACAGGCUGACUCUCUUGUUAGGAGCUAAUGCAGCUGGUGACUUGAAGUUGAAGCCGAUGCUCAUUUACCACUCUGAAAAUCCUAGAGCCCUUAAAAAUUAUGCUAAAUCUACUCUACCUGUGCUCUAUAAAUGGAACAGCAAAGCCUGGAUGACAGCACAUCUGUUUACAACGUGGUUCACUGAAUAUUUUAAGCCCACUGUUGAGACCUACUGUUCAGAAAAAAAGAUUCCUUUCAAAAUACUACUGCUUAUUGACAAUGCACCUGGUCACCCAAGAGCUCUCAUGGAGAUGUAUAGUGAGAUUAAUGUUGUUUUCAUGCCUUCCAACACAACGUCCAUUCUGCAGCCCAUGGAUCAAGGAGUAAUUUCAACUUUCAAGUCGUAUUAUUUAAGAAACACAUUUCGUAAGGCUAUAGCUGCCAUAGAUAGUAAUUCUUCUGAUGGAUCUGGGCAAAGUAAAUUGAAAACCUUCUGGAAAGGAUUCACUAUUCUAGAUGCCAUUAAGAACAUUCGUGAUUCAUGGGAAGAGGUCCAAACAUCAACAUUAACAGGAGUGUGGAAGAAGUUGAUACCAACCCUCAUAGAUGACUUUGAGGGACUCAAGACUUCAGUGGAGGAAGUAACUGCAGAUGUGGUGGAAAUAGCAAGAGAACUAGAAUUAGAAGUGGAGCCUGAAGAUGUGACUGAAUUGCUGCAAUCUCAUGAUAAAACUUUAACAGAUGAGGAGUUGCUUCUUAUGGAUGAGCAAAGAAAAUGGUUUCUUGAGACAGAAUCUACUGGUGAAGAUGCUAUGAAGAUUGUUGAAAUGACAACAAAGGACUUAGAAUAUUACAUAAACUUAGUUGAUAAAGCAGCGGCAGGAUUUGAGAGGAUUGACUCCAAUUUUGAACGAAGUUCUACUGUGGGUAAAAUGCUUUCAAACAGCAUUGCGUGCUACAGAGAAAUCGUUCAUGAGAGGAAGAGUCAAUUGAUGUGGCAAACUUCACUGCUGUCCUAUUUUAAGAAAUUGCCACACCAACCCCAGCCUUCAGCAGCCACUGACCUGAUCAGUCAGCAGCCAUCAACGUCCAGGCAAGGCCCUGCACCAGCGAAAAGAUUACGACUCACUGAAGGCUCAGAGGAUGGUUAGCAAUUUUUUAACAAUAAAGUAUUUUUAAGUCAAGGUAUGUACACUUAUUUUUAGACAUAAUGCUAUUGCACACUUAAUGGACUACAGUAUAAUAUAAACAUAACUUUUAUUUGCAUUGGGAAACCAAAAAUUUGUGAGGCUUGCAAUAUUCACUUUACUGCAGUGGUCUGGAACCAAACUCGUAAUAUCUCUGAGGUAGACCUGUCAUGGUCUUUAGUUGGAUCUCUCUCUCUCCCUUUGUUCUUCUCUCCCGUCAUUUAAAAAUUAUGUAAAUUAUGUACAUACCAAAGACUGUGUAACCCUAAAAUGAACGUAUGCGCCAAUCUAAAAUCUAGAACAUGACCAAUAUUGUUACAGCUACCUAUGCACUCCUUACCAUCCCAUCUUAUCCCCUUGAUUCCCCAUCAGAGGUAUCUGCCAUCCUCAGCUUCGUGUUUGUCUUUCUCCUUUUGUAUGGUGUUUUGCUGCAUUUGUAUAUAUGUAUGCACAAAGAUACUGUUUAGUCAAACUUUUUUUUUGAGGUUUAUA